AUGUCGACAGCACAGCCGCCGGACACGGCCGUGGGCACUGCAAAGCCCCAACAGAAACAGAAGAACACACAACCGACGGGAACAACAGCAGCAGGAGCAGGAGCGGCAGCAUCAUCGUCAACAGAUGGAGCACCAAAGAAACUCACAGGUGCCGAGUUGAAAGCACAGAAGCAGGCUGAAAAGGCCAAGCGGAGAGCAGCCGUUAUCGCGGCCAAGGAGGCAGCAGGAGGGGUCCCACCGGCGGCGGCAGUAGCAGCAGCAGCAGCAGCGGGACAGACGAGCCAGAGCGGCAGCCAACCGAAGCAAGGCAAGGGCAAGAGCAGCGCAAGUGCUGAGAGUGGAGGCGGUGGCAGCGGUGGUGGCGGCAAGAUCACAGGCCCGCUCGCAUCACGACCAUCGGCCGGAGCAGCGUCGGCAGCAUCGGCUGCACCAGGCACAGGCGGCCCGGCUGGAGAGGCAGCGGCCGCUGUGGCCACGCCCGCCGAUCGCGAAAAGGACGCCCGCAGCGGCAUUCCCGAGUGCUUUAGCCACCUGCCGAUGGCUAAGCGCAUCACCAUUGCCCAGGCGCACAGGGAUGUGCACCCAGCCAUCCUGGCCGUCGGCCAACAGAUGGCUUCGUUCGACCUGCGCCACAACAUGGCCCGCCUCGAGGCCACGCUUGUCGCCUUCAAAAAGGUCAUUGCCUCGUACCAGACGCCGCCGGGUAACGCCUUCUCCCGCCAUUUUGUCUCGCACGUCCUCAACCCGCAGAUUGAGUACCUGACAGAGUGCCGCCCCAUGUGCUUCGCCAUGGGCAACGGCAUCCGCCUGCUCAAGGCCCGCGUCUCGCAGCUCGACCUCGACACCGACGACGCCGACGCCAUCGAGGAGCUGUGCGACUCCAUUGACAGCUUCGUCCAGGAGCGCAUCUUUGUCGCCGCCGUCGGCAUUGCCCGCGAAGCCGCGUCCAUGAUCCACGACGGCGACGUCGUGCUGACCUUUGGCGGGCCGCGUCUUGUGUGUGCCGCCCUCGAGCAGGCCUGGGACCACGGCGUGCGCUUCGACCUGAUUGUCGUCAACGACCCGAGCGACCCGGCACCGGGCCAGGCCCUGGCCAAGGAAUUCCAGCGGCGUGCAACGCUGGUGGCCGGGCGGACACCCGAUGGCGCACGUGCAGCGGCCCCGUCGUACGUCACCUACUCACCCUCGCUCGACGGCAUCGACAACCUCGUCGCACGCAGCUCCAUCGUCCUCCUCGGCGCCGAGGCCGUCUUUGCCAACGGUGCCCUGCUGGCGCCCGCCGGCACGUGCGACGUGGCGAGCGCUGCGUCUGCUGUCAACGCCACCGUCAUUGCGCUCUGUGAGACGGUCAACUUUGACCGGGACCGCGUAGCCACGGAUGCCCUGGCCCACAACGAGAUCGACCCGGACCGCUGCGACGGCGAUGCCUUCCGUCUGUUGUUUGAUACGACGCCGUCGUCGCUCAUCAACAUGCUGAUUUGCGAGUACGAAGAGGCGAGCGGCAUGGUGCCGGCGCACGCCAUCAACCUCGUGCUGCGGACGAGAGAAGACCCAAAUUGA